AGGGCACUCGGGUCCCUGCUGCCGCCUCCUGGGGUGGAGCCCUGAGGAGCCUCAAGGAGGCCCUGCGCUUCCCCCGCCCCGGCCGGACUGGGCAGGGCCAGUCCCCUGCUGGUGCUGCGGGAGCCGGGGGACCGUCCCAGAAGCCCGGGCUCCGUGGCUCGGCUCCUGCAGCCUCCCCCGCACGGAAGCCCAGGCCGGGCAGCUCUCCUGGAACCUCCCUGCUGGGCCCUGGGGGACCUGGCAGAGCCCCUGGGACAUGGUGGGCCUGAAGCCUCCCGAGGUGCCGCCCACGACGGCUGUGAAGCUUCUGGCGGGCACCGCGGCCUGCUUCGCCGACCUCCUCACCUUCCCACUGGACACGGCCAAGGUCCGCCUGCAGAUCCAGGAGAACCAGGCGGCCCGGAGCGCCCAGUACCGCGGGGUGCUGGGCACCAUUCUCACCAUGGUGCGCAACGAGGGCCCCCGCAGCCCCUACAACGGGCUGGUGGCCGGCCUGCAGCGCCAGAUGAGCUUCGCCUCCAUCCGCAUCGGCCUCUACGACUCCGUCAAGCAGCUCUACACGCCCAAGGGAUCGGACCACUCCAGCAUCACCACCCGGAUUUUGGCGGGCUGCACCACGGGGGCCAUGGCAGUGACCUGCGCCCAGCCCACGGACGUGGUGAAGGUUCGAUUCCAGGCCAGCAUACACGCCGGGCCCGGGAGCAACAGGAAGUACAGCGGGACGAUGGAUGCCUAUAGGACCAUCGCCAGGGAGGAAGGGGUCCGGGGCCUGUGGAAAGGAAUUCUGCCCAACAUCACGAGGAAUGCCAUCGUGAACUGUGCCGAGAUGGUGACCUAUGAUGUCAUCAAGGAGAAGGUGCUAGACUACCACCUGCUCACGGACAACCUGCCCUGCCACUUUGUCUCUGCCUUCGGAGCUGGCUUCUGUGCCACCGUGGUGGCCUCCCCAGUGGAUGUGGUGAAGACCCGGUACAUGAACUCGCCCCCCGGCCAGUACCAGAACCCUCUGGACUGCAUGCUGAAGAUGGUGACCCAGGAGGGCCCCACAGCCUUCUAUAAAGGAUUCACACCUUCCUUUUUGCGCUUGGGAAGCUGGAACGUGGUGAUGUUUGUAAGCUACGAGCAGCUGAAACGGGCCUUGAUGAAAGUCCAGAUGCUGCGGGAAUCUCCGUUUUGAGUAAGACAAAGCCACCUGGCGUUUCACGAAGGCAAAACCAGCCAAGGGGUGACAGGCGCCGCCGUGGGUCCGCGCACAUAAGGCCACAGGCCCACCCGCAUUUACACAACAGUCUACUUGCCGCCGACUCGGAAAUAGGAGGAGGAGAACUGUGGUCUCCGGUGCUUCACCUUCAGGACACGUUCGUGUGGCACUGACAAGAUGCUCAAUAAAUUAUAUUAAUUUGUGAAACCCACUAGGAUGGAUGCCUAACAUUUAGGCAAAAGAAGAUAAACCAGAAUGGAUCCAUAUGGAUAAAACAGACGUUUGCAAACUUCCGUCCCCUGGAAAACGAUCAGGUGUCAACAGAUAAGGCUGCAAGCCUGGGACAGGAUUCAGACUCGAUACACUUGGAAAUCAGCCGAGUCUAGAGGGGCACUGCCAAAGCCACACAAGGCUUUCAACGGCAGCCUUCCGCUACCCACGGAUCACCAGCCACAUUUGCCAUGUGUCUGCCUGGUAGAACCCACCAGGAUUCCGGGAUUCGGGAAAAGAAAAAGAGCAAAGCCAGCUCCUGUGACAAAGGAGCCCUGCUGGGCCGGCUGGGGCUGAGGCCGGGAUGCUCGGGAGACCCGGAGGGUCAGGAGGGCGGGCUCGGCCUCCUCUCCCGUAAAAUGGGAGCACAAAGCCCUCUCUCCUACCUCCCCUGGGGUGUCACGAGGAUCAAGCGAGAAGCUGGGCAAGGAGGCGCUUUAUAAAAGCUCCAUGAAAUGUGUAUAUAAGGACGAGGCCUUGGGAAUGUUUUCGUCCGUCAGUGAGGCAGUGCCGGGGAAGAAGCUUUAGAAAGACACAGAUGUCCAGAGGUCAGACCAAAGGAACCAGGGGCUGGAGGGGCAGUGGCCGGAGCCCCGCGCCCAUGCGGCCUCCCCUCCCUGCUGGACUGAGGCACCUUGAAGGGUGUGGAGUUUGGGGACAAAGAGGUAAAUGCUGGGCCCAGAGCCUCAAGUACCAGGACUCUGAAUUUGGGGAAAAGGAUUAUGACUCAAUAAAGGAUGCGACACCUUGGGUGUGGGAAUGAGAAGA